ACCAUGAUGUUUUAAAUUCUAAUACAAUAAAUUACAUUUAAUGGUAAUUAAUAAUAUUUAAUUGUUUUAUACUUUUCGUUGCCGAAUCUCAACGGAACUUAGCUUACUUGUUGGUGACUUUCCAUCGACCAUAUGUCAUUAUCCAAGUCUCUUGAAUACUUAAACUGUUUCAAAUGUACUCAACCAUUCAGCAGGAAUACAACAUGCUGAUUCACAAUUUCACAAUUGACUGUGAAACCCUGAUGUAUCAACAAAUCACAAACCGCCGUCUUCAAACUCGUAAUACCCAAAUUAUUUAGUUACUACGUUAUUGUACAAAAAAUAAAUUCAAUUUGUAGAAGCCGAUAAAAUACGCGUGACGACGUUAGUAGCUGGACCAACAACUAAAAUGAGUGAUCUUCCGGGUGGUUCAAAAACGCGCGAAGGCGAUAAACCGUUCACAUGCAACAUUUGCAACAUGACAUUCACUUUAAGCAGCCAUCUAACUAAUCACCGACGAACACACACAGGCGUGGAGCCUUACCCAUGUGAUAUUUGUGACAAAUCGUUCGCCGAUAACACCCAUCUGAUGAAGCAUCGACGGACACACGUGGUCGAGAAACCACACUCGUGUGAAUUUUGCGACAUGACUUUCACUCAAAUCAGACAUCUGAAUAAACACCGGCGAUCGCACAUGGGCGAUAAACCGUUCCCGUGCGACAUGUGUGACAAAGCGUUCGCUGAUAAUAGCCACUUAACGCGACACCGACGGACUCACACGGGCGAGAAACCUUACCCGUGUGGCGUGUGCGAUAAAUCGUUUGCUGAUAGUGAUGGUCUGACGAAACAUUGGCGGUGGCACACGGGUGAAAGACCGUACCCUUGCAAUAUAUGUGAAAAGUCGUACGCUGAUAGCAGUAGUCUGACGAAGCACCGGCGGUCGCAUACCGGCGAGAAGCCGUACUCAUGUGAUGUUUGCGACAAGUCAUAUUCUCAAAGCAGUCAUCUGACAAAGCACCAAAGGACACACAUUACCGAUAAACCAUUCCCGUGUGACAUGUGCUUCAAGUCAUUCACUGAUAAUGAUUUUCUUAUUAAACACCGGCGUACGCACACCGGUGAAAAACCAUAUUCCUGUGACGAGUGUAACAUGUCGUUCGCUCAAAGCAGUAAUCUGACAAAGCACCGGAGAACGCACACUGGUGAAAGACCAUACGCGUGCGACAUGUGCGAUCAGUCGUUCGCUGUUAGCGCCAGUCUUACUAAGCACCGGCGGACGCACACUGGCGAAAAACCGUACCCGUGUGAGGUGUGCGACAAAUCGUUCGCUGAUAGUGGUAGUCUGACAAAGCAUCGCCGGGUACACACGGGUGAAAAACCUUAUUUAUGUAACAUAUGCGAUAAGUCGUUCGCUAUUAACGGUAACCUGACGAAGCACCGCAGGAUACAUACGGGUGAGAAACCUUACUUAUGCGAUGUCUGUGAUAAAUCAUUUGCUGAUAGCAGUGGUCUAACGAAGCACAAGCGUACCCACACGGGUGAGAAACCGUAUACAUGUGAUGUUUGCGAAAAAUCGUUCAGUGAUAGUGGUACUCUGAAGAAGCACCGGCGAAUAAAGCACACCCAAUCGGAGCAACCGUUUUUAGCAAACAUGGUAAUAGAUAUCACGACUCUAACCAACACACAACAGUGACAAAAGUUAUAUUUUUAAUAUUAACAAUACUAUAGUUAUGUUUAUUUGAUAGUAUAGUCACAUCAUUGGUGGAUAAAAAAGGGACAAGAGGACAAUUGCCCCCUCUAAUUUAUGCUGAUUCCUUAUAAAUUAAAAUGUAUAUUGAUUUAAUGUUCUAGUUUUUAAAAUUAAGUAUACAUCAUGUAUUAAGACUUAU